GGGAAAAAAGGGAUUCUCAUCAGAUCAGACAUCUUGGCCAGCCGCGCGCAAGCAGCCCGAGCGCCCCCAGCUGCAUUUCCCAGCCUCGCCGCGCGCGCGGAUCCCCUUGCGCGGACGCCUGCCUUUGUGUGACUGCGGGCGGGGAGGCUGCUCCGACCCGUCCCUCCCCAUCUUCCUUGGGCUGCGCAGCAGAGCAUCAGCCCUCCUCCUCCUCCUCCUCCUCGGUCCACCUUAUAGCCAGCCCCCUCCAGCUGCCCCCCAGCUCGCAAUUUAUCUUAGUUCUUCCAGAGACAAGAUGGCAACGCCGGCGGCUGUUAAUCCACCCGAGAUGGCGUCGGACAUACCUGGGUCAGUGACGUUGCCAGUGGCGCCGAUGGCAGCUGGUCAAGUGAGAAUGGCCGGGCCCAUGCCUGCUAGAGGAGGAAAGAGACGCUCAGGGAUGGAGUUUGAUGAUGAAGAUGGUGAAGGACCCAGCAAAUUUUCAAGGGAGAACCAUAGUGAGAUCGAGAGACGCAGGAGGAACAAGAUGACCCAGUACAUCACCGAGCUCUCUGACAUGGUGCCCACCUGCAGCGCCUUGGCGCGCAAACCUGACAAGCUGACCAUUCUCCGCAUGGCAGUGUCACACAUGAAGUCCAUGAGGGGCACUGGGAACAAAUCUACCGAUGGAGCAUAUAAGCCUUCCUUCCUCACUGAGCAGGAACUGAAACACCUCAUCCUUGAAGCUGCAGAUGGCUUCCUCUUUGUUGUUGCUGCUGAGACAGGCCGAGUGAUCUACGUGUCUGAUUCUGUCACUCCUGUUCUCAACCAGCCCCAGUCAGAGUGGUUUGGAAGCACUCUCUAUGAGCAGGUUCACCCCGAUGACGUGGAGAAACUGAGGGAGCAGCUCUGCACAUCCGAGAACUCAAUGACAGGGAGGAUUUUGGAUUUGAAGACUGGGACAGUGAAGAAAGAGGGCCAGCAAUCUUCAAUGAGAAUGUGCAUGGGAUCGAGGCGGUCGUUCAUAUGCAGAAUGAGGUGUGGAAAUGCACCGCUGGAUCACUUGCCUCUAAACAGAAUAACCACCAUGCGAAAAAGAUACAGGAAUGGCCUUGGCCCGGUGAAAGAAGGAGAGGCCCAAUAUGCUGUGGUCCAUUGUACUGGUUACAUUAAAGCCUGGCCUCCGGCAGGAAUGACUAUACCAGAAGAAGAUGCCGAGGUGGGACAAGGCAGCAAAUAUUGCCUCGUGGCAAUUGGGAGGCUUCAGGUUACCAGUUCUCCGAUGUGCAUGGACAUGAACGGAAUGUCUGUCCCCACGGAAUUCUUGUCCAGACACAACUCGGACGGAAUCAUCACCUUUGUGGAUCCGAGAUGCAUCAACGUCAUCGGCUACCAACCCCAGGACCUUUUGGGGAAAGACAUUAUAGAAUUCUGCCAUCCAGAAGAUCAAAGCCAUUUAAGAGAGAGCUUCCAGCAGGUUGUUAAACUGAAAGGACAGGUGCUCUCUGUGAUGUAUCGCUUUCGUACCAAGAACCGGGAAUGGAUGCUAAUCCGGACCAGCAGCUUCACAUUUCAGAACCCUUAUUCGGACGAGAUUGAAUACAUCAUCUGCACCAACACUAACGUAAAGCAACUUCAGCAACAACAAGCAGAGCUUGAGGUGCACCAGAGAGAUGGGCUAUCAUCAUAUGACUUAUCUCAGGUCCCCGUUCCAAGUAUACAGCCUAACGUUCAUGAGGGUGGGAAACCAGUGGAAAAGCCUGAUGCCAUCUUCUCCCAAGAGAGGGAUCCAAGGUUUGCCGAGAUGUUCGCUGGCAUAACUACUACAGAUAAAAAGAUGAUGCCUUCAGCAUCCACAACUGGUAACCAGCAGAUCUACUCUCAAGGGAGCCCCUUCCAGCCAGGACAUUCUGGAAAGUCGUUCAGCUCAUCUGUGGUCCACGUGCCCGGCGUCAACGACAUCCAGUCAUCAUCAUCAGCUGGUCAGAACCUGUCCCAGAUCUCACGCCAGCUAAAUCAGAGUCAAGUUGCCUGGACAGGAAGUCGCCCUCCAUUUCCAGGACAGCAAAUUCCUUCGCAGUCUGGCAAGGCUCAGUCUUCUCCCUUUGCAAUCGGAACCAGUCACACUUACCCUGCUGACCCAGCAUCGUACAGCCCCCUGUCCAGUCCUGCUACCUCCUCUCCGAGCGGGAAUGCCUACUCCAGCCUAGCUAACAGGACAGCAGGAUUUGCUGAAAGCAGCCAAAGCAGCGGACAGUUCCAAGGGAGGCCUUCGGAGGUGUGGUCCCAGUGGCAAAGCCAACAUCACAACCAGCAAAACAGCGAGCAGCACCCUCACCAGCAAACCAGCCAGACAGAAGUGUUCCAGGAUAUGCUGCCUAUUCCAGGAGAUCCAACCCAAGGGACCGGCAAUUACAACAUUGAAGAUUUUGCUGAUUUGGGAAUGUUUCCUCCAUUUUCUGAGUAAAUUUUACCUAGCCAGAUAACCUCUGCAAAGGACAUUCUGGGAAAGGAAAUCAUCAUACCAGGGUAGUUGGGGAUCUGCUUUCCCUGUGUUAACAUUAUCAUAGAAGCUAUAAAACAAGAUACCCCUAUUCUCAUACUUCAGAUAAUCACUUGCGCUCCUUCCAAGUGUUGACCAUGCAGGUUCUAAUGAAAUAACCUAACGCCACCUGGUUGGCAUUCGCCUCGAGGAUUCAUUUUGUAUUUCAUUCCCAUUUGUGGUAGGGUUUUGAGCUUGGGUGGGGCGGGUGGUGGGGGACGAGCAGGGAGGCACUUUGAUUUUUAACUUUCUCUUGGCUCUUAAUAUUUGAAUGUGAAUUAUUUCUAACUUCCCCCUUUAGAGAAAGCUGCUUGUGUGAACAGAUAAUGAAAUAAGCACUCCAGUCCUCUGCUGGCUACUUGAAGAUAAGACCUCUAGUUCUUGUGGAGCUCCCUAGCUGUGGCCCAUAGACCACAGGGGGUCAGCGAGCUCCAUUCUGGUGGUUCUUGGAAAGGUAGCAGAACAGCUGAGAAUGUCUGUACAUGGUUGUGCAAAUGGUCCCCUCACCCCAUGACAACAGAGAUUGAAGCCAUUUUGAUCCUUUUUUAUGGUCAUUUUAGGCCAGUUUGAAUGUAAGGUUGAAUGUAACUAUAACCCAGGAGAUUCCAGCGCCUUUCCUAUCUCAUUUUAACACAGCUAGGCUCGAAUGUAUGUACAUUUUAGUACUAUCUGUAUAUCUGGUGUUGUACAAACUGGAUCUUGAGUUUUGGAUUUGUUAUUUUACCAUAUGCAAGGGAAGUCCGUGAGAAGGGACAAAUGUGCCUGAAGAGGGUAGCAAUAUAUUUGGAGGGCUUACAGUCUAAGCUUAAGGGGACAGGUUGCACAUUUAUUUCGCUUUGAAAUCCCUAUAUAUGCCCGUUGGGGCUCUGCACACCACUCCAUCGGCUAUAUAAAUUAACGUGGCUUUGGCAAUCUACGGUUUCAUCUGCUUGUAACACUAAGCCAAACCAUUAUGAUAACAUUUCUGUGCAGUGCCCCUUUGCACCCUACAGCUGGAUUGUGACCAUAAUACUGCUUGAAAGUGGUUUAGAAAACAAACGAGACAUGUGGGUUGUUGUUGUUGUUGUUUUAAGCUAAGCAAGAUAUUGGCAAGUAACAUUGCAGCAAUAGCUGUAGUCAGCAGCUGUGUUGGGCCAUUGGUUUCUGGAAAGAGGCAGGUUCUAAUGUGGAGCUUAACAUCUUUAGCUAACAAAAUUAUGGUGGUGGUGCUUCUGUUGAAGAGACUAGUUCAAAAUGCUUAUCAAAUGGAAGGUGGAAAGACAUGUUAACUCUCCCACUUGCAACUAUUAGAAUCAAAUUUUACACACACACACCCAGCCCCGCUCAGCUAUAAUGUCUAGGCUCAGUUAUCUAUGGCCACAAGGUCAUAUUAUGGAAUGCUUUCCUACCCAUCGUUGGCUACUGCUGGCUGGGGCAGAGAAAGGCAGCAGCAUUACAAUAAGGGGAUUAGCCAUUUUGUUUGAAUUUUAAUGAGAAACCACCUAAUUCAUGCUUUCUGUACCAUUAAGCCUGCCAAAACACAACUAUCCUUUGGAAUUCACACGUCUCUGAAUUUUGCAAUGCGGUUUCUCCAAACAGAAAAUGCGUACAGAAAUGCAUAAAUUGGUGGAAAGUGCGCAUAAAAAUGCACGCAUUAGUGAAAACGACACAUAAGCAUGCAAUUUGUUAUGGGAAAUUGCAAUAAUUUGUGUAUAGGUCAAAACCGCACGUAGAAAUGUGUAUAUUAGAAAAAAAAUAGCACUAAAAUGCUGACACAUUUUAAUGAGGAUUCCCGCUCCCCCCAUAGCAAAUUGCUGGAGAGACGAAUUUAAGAGUGCGAAGAGGAGAAACUUGGAGAACCAGAAACUGACAAAUUCAUCCAACUCUACAAAUGAGCCUGAUAUGCCUGAUGGCAGCAGUGCCAUUUUCAACAGAAGUCUCACCUUGAGUGUAACAUGUAGUUCCACCUAUAAUUUAAAUCAUCCGUCUCCAUAUUUGGUUUGAUUUCCUUUCUUUGCAUUAAUUACAGGUACCUCUUAGCAAGUCUACUGUCACUUAAGCUGCUAGUUCAUUUCUGGUGCAAUGUUAACCACCAUGCUGGAUUUCUCCUAUUACCCCAAUGUGUAUUUUUACACACUGGGCAGUAGUCAGCUAAAUAGUUGCACUGGUUCGAGGAUGAACACCAGUGCAGUGGGGUUUUCCCCCCUCUCCUCUCAUCCCCCCCAUGCUAUCCCCAAAUCUGCUCUGAAGGGUUGGAGAAAACCCCAGAACAGAUUUAGGGAGCACAGCAGGAGGGGAGAGCAUUCCAUUGUGCGAGAAGAAAUCCUUCUGCUAUUGGAACAUUUUGCAUAGGGCUACAUUCAAUUCAAUACAACCCUGUAUCCUUGUUUUUCCUCUCCCUUCCAAAAGCUACUCGGCCAUGCAGCCAUCAAUGCCUUAUCAAUGUCCGAUUUGUAGCCUCGCAAGAUGGGCAACGGACAGAUGUGUUUUAGAGUUGGUGAGUUUGUUUUUGUGGCUGUGUUCAACUUAGAAAUCAAGAAGCAAGGCUGGCCCUUAGCUCUUUAGGCUGGGGAGGGGGCAGAAGGUGUUGCUAAAUAUAGGUAGGCAAAGGGUAGAAUGGUAAUGUUUUGCUACAAACAUGGGAGCAAAAUAUGAGCUAAAUUGUCAAGCCUGUUUUUCUGGAUUAACAACUGCAUGGACACAGGCCAUUCUGCUUAUAGUAACUCCUGGCAUGAUCCAGCCAAAGUUAAGCACUUUUCAUACUUUUGAACCCAAACCAGCACUAAAGCCCCACUGAUUUAAGGGGAAAGAGUGGCAAGCAAAUACUUAGUUAGAGCAUCCCAUUAGGGCUAUCUAACUAUAUCCAACCCAUGUGUCAGUUGCGGUCAGCUGAUCAUGCCCUGCUUGAGUUGUCCAAAUGACAAGCAGUUAAAACUGCAACAGUGAAAAGGAGGCAUUUUGACAACAUGCUUUUAAAUAUGAUGUGCUGUUUUUCCGUAAGGCCUGCAGCACACUUUUGGGCAGGGAUUUGGUUGGUUGAGGACUACAUCUGUAAUUAUUAUUUGCUGCUGUUGCAUUAAAUUAUUGUUAUUAUCAUACACUGCUUUGAACAUUGGGAAAGUGCCCUCUAAGUAUAUUAAAUAAAUGUAUUUGCUGGUCUGAUCACAUCCUGUGACCAGUGCAGAGAUCUGACAAGCCAGCAAACCCAAGAUUCUGUCGGGCUCCGACUUCCAUGACUUGCCUCAUCCUUUUCUUGAUUCCACCCUUUGGUUUGCCCAUUCAUCCCGAGACAUUUGGUUUCUACCCUGGCUCAGUCCUUGAUCCUUCAUUUCUGCCUGUCAACACAGUUCACAAUGAAAGGUGGACAUAGUUAAUUCACACUUUCUGAAAAUGUGCAAAAUGAAAGACAGCCAUCCUUUGAAAUUCAUGUUCCCAAAUUUUGCAGAGCAAUUCCCCCCCAAAAUAGUGCAUACAGAAAUGCAUAUACCAGGGUAAAGUAUGCAUAGAAUACAGUUGCUUCAAAAAUUCCUUAUAUUAAAGAAAAUUGCUUUGCAAAAAUAAAAGUGUGUACAUUGCGUAGAAACGUGUAUGUUAUGAAAUGUCCUCACAAUUUCAGUGCAAGUUUCUCCCAAGGACUUUUUAAAACAAAGAAUUUUCAAACUGAAACUGAAUCUGUGCUGAUUUUGAGAUAGGAAAAAUGAGAACGUGAGUGAAACCAAAAUGGACAGAUUCAUCCAACUGUAGCUCAGGCCCCUUUCUAUAAGGAGGAAACGUGUUUUUUUUUAACGCCAAGCAUUAUCAACAGUAUUUUCCCACUGAAAACAAUGUGCUUAACUAUGGCAAGAUCAUCCUCAUUGACUUCAGCACGGAAGAGAUAAGCAAGCGUUUGGAACUCUCUUUCAUUUAAAACUGAAAGUGCUCAGUUCAGAGCUUCAGAUUAUGUGCCAUACCUUUGCCCCUUAAAAAUAUAUGCCAAUGGUGUGUGGGUGGGUGCGUGUCUUCAUUGACUUUUUCUACCAUUUGCAUCCGUAUCUGUUAGAGCCCUUUGGUGUCAAUGUGGAACUGUGUUGUGGAUAAAACUGUAUUUUGUACUUCCAAGUGUUCUGUAUAGCAAAACCAGUUUUGUGUGUCUGUAUAAUUAACAACCUGCCUUUUAAAUUUUCAUUAAAAUAAUAAAGCAUCACGAGCUGU